GUUUAACCGAUGCUAGGUGGCUAGUUGCCCAGUUGCCCAUUUUACCCAGACACCCUGACUCCCUUGGGGUGGUGACUUCUUCUCACACAACUUGAAAUUUACACCAAUCCCGCACCAGCAACAUCACCACAACCACCACCACCACACCACCGUUACCAAAAUCGUCAACAAGUUUAUCCUAUCCUCCACCUCCUCCUCCACCUCUCGUCUCUCCUUUGCCUGCCAUGCAUUAGCGAGAAGUGUGCCAUCAUCCAGACAAGUCAUUCGCUUAUUGCUCCUCGACCCCGUACUUAACUUGCGCUCCCAACCGCCCCCUCCACCUCAUAUUCCUGCAAUUGCAUUGGCUGCGCUGGUCGCCCAUACAACAAAUCUCACCAACGCCUAUGCUGAACCGACAUAUUCCCCUCUAUUGGCGCUGACUUCAGUCCCCGACUUUGCACUCUAUUUCUGGCUCCAGCGACCUUGACUGUCAAAGUCGCAAACAUGGAAAAGACUGUGGCCCAUGAGACGUCGGACCACUCCAAUCUGAUCGAUCAAGAAAAAGUCCAACAGCCUCCUGUCCAAAUGGUGGAACACAGACAGCAUGCCCAAUCACCAUCCCAGAAAACCGUUCUACCACGGUGGCACAAAAAAGGGAAAGAAAGGAGCACCAUUGCCUUGAUUUGCUCAUGGAUGGUAGAUCACCAAAUCAGUAUUUCCUUCUAUUCCAUAUCUCUACUAUUCUUCAUACACGCAUUCAUUCCUGAUGCUCGACGUCACACCCAAAAAUUCUUCCGCAUCUCCUACUACAAUCCCGCCACUGGCACCUUUGCCCUGGGCUGGGAUGAUGUUUUCUUCAUUUUCUACUGGCUCGUAGUCUUCACUGGCCUGCGCUGCUCCGUCAUGGACUACAUCCUCACCCCUCUCGCCUCGACCUUAGGCCUCAAGAAAAGGAAGCCAAAGGUCCGAUUUUCCGAGCAAGCCUGGAUCCUGAUUUAUUACUCCAUGUCCUGGGCCACAGGCAUCUAUGUCAUGUACAACUCAAACUAUUGGCUCGACCUCCGUGCCCUAUGGAAGGACUGGCCAAGUCGUGAAAUGGACGGCCUUGCCAAAUGGUAUUAUCUCGUCCAAUUCGGCUUCUGGUUACAACAGAUCGUCGUGGUCAACAUCGAGGAACGCCGAAAGGAUCAUUGGCAAAUGUUCACCCACCAUAUCAUCACCUGUUGCCUCAUCUUUACCUCGUAUGGCUACCAUCAGUAUCGAGUCGGCACCCUUUUUAUUUGUCUCAUGGACACUGUCGAUAUUCUCCUCCCCCUUGCCAAAAUUCUCAAGUACCUCAAAUACGAGACGGCCUGCGAUAUCGCCUUUGGUGCCUUCAUUUUAAUCUGGUUCCUCACCCGGCACGUCAUAUUCAUGGCAGUUUUGUACAGCAUCUACCAUCACAUACCUCAGGAAAUUCAAUACGGCUGCUACCGAGGCAGUGUUGAAACCCUUCAAGGCCCGUUUCCAAUCCCAAAUGAUUGGAGUCACUUGAUCCAACCAUUCCGUGACCCUGUGGGCUUAGUAUGCUGGAAUAACAAUAUCAAAUGGGCCUUCUUGGGCGGUCUUGGUGGCCUACAAUGCGUUCUUCUCGGCUGGUUCUACAUGGUCAUCCGCGUUGCCUACAAGGUUGUGACAGGGCAGGGCGCUGAGGACUCACGUUCCGACGAUGAAGGUGAUGACGAGGAGGAAGCGACAGAGAGCCAUAACAAAUCUGCUAUCGACCAUGUCCAUGCCAAUAUGGAGCCACUACCUUUCGUCGAGAAGGAAGUUUUGAGCACGGAUCCUGGAUUUACUCUGUCACAUACAAAUGUUCGUUCGCUCCCAAACUCGCGGUCGAAGUCCAAGUCGAGUUCUCCCACCCUCGGCCGAACAUCGAGCGUCUCGUCCUCGUCCAGUGCCAGGCGGAAGCACGAAUCUGCUCAUGCUUCCGGUGUCAACCUCUUGGCUGGCAGCAGCGAUCGCAAGGAGCUAUUAGGAAGAAUCGGAUGUGAUAAGGGUUCCACGUCCGAUUAAAGGUUGGAUCAUUCGACAAGGCGGAUAGGUGUACAAGGACAGUGCAAAGUGCACUGUCGUCUGACGUUCCACUCGUCUGGCCAGGACUGCUGUGGUCUACUGCCCACAGACAGACGCUGACCCUGUGACAAGAACGCCAAUCUCCCUGAGAGAGCAGGACAGGAGUGCACAUGUUGAGAGUUACCUGAUAUACACGCGUUUUUACAAGAUAGACAUGAGAUGACCUCAGCCACGUCUGUUGCCGCUCGCAGAUGCAAUCAUCAGCGAGAAGAGUACAGGGAGCGGACGCCAAUGACAUGACAAUGACUCGAUA